UUUUGCCUCCCCUCUGCCUCCUGUGUGAUUUCCUCGGGAGAGGAGAUGCUGGCCUGACCCCUGUUUUCACUCCUGUGGAUACUCUUUAAUCUCUGCUGAUUUUUCCCCCCUAUCUUGCUACCUGUGGAGGUUCCUGUCGCUGGUCUCGUGGUUCCUGUGCAGCCAGCUGUGGCACAGAGUGCAGCCCCACACUGAGGCACCAUGCUGGGACUGGAUGUGUGUGAGUUUGGGGGUCAGGUGCUGGAGCUGCUCUGGUUGACAGUAUGCUACAGAGGUUUGAUGUCUGACAAGGAGACGAUGUCUUUUGAUGAGGAAGAUGAUGAGAGACAUCUCAACUACAAACCACCGUCCCAGAAGUCUUUGCAGGAGAUUCAGGACAUGGACAACAAUGAUGAAAGUCUGGUUAAAUACAAGCAAACCCUAUUGGGGGCGUGGCCUCUGGUGACAGAUUCCUUUGGGCCCAACGUCCAGGUGACCAGACUGACCCUCCUUUGCAAUGACGCUCCUCAACCAAUCACCAUGGACCUGACAGGAGACCGGGAGGCUCUGAAGGAAAAGAGCUUCUCCAUAAAGGAAGGUGCAGAGUACAGAAUGAAGAUACACUUCAAGGUUAACAAAGAGAUCGUUGCUGGCUUGAAGUACAUGCAUGUGACCACAAGGAGAGGAGUCAAAGUGGAGAAGGUGGUGUACAUGGUGGGAAGUUAUGGCCCGCGAGAAGAGGAACAUGAGUUUGUAACCCCACUUGAUGAGGCGCCAAAAGGCAUGGUGGCACAGGGCAGAUAUCAGAUCAAGUCUCGCUUCAUCGAUGAUGACUAUAAUACCCAUUUGUGCUGGGAGUGGAAUAUCGAUAUCACCAAGGACUGGAAUGAAUGAAGCUGGUGGUUCUUCUUUCUCUUCUCUCUUCUCUUCUCUCACAUGUUUUCUUCACCUCUUUUAUUCCUGCCCCUCUUGAGCCUUUUUCCAAACAGGAUGUUGUGUCGGAAAGAUUCUACAAAACCUCAAAUUCAAGGACAACAGUUUUUGAUCAUUUAAAGGGCUCAUAUCACAUAACCUUUUAACAACUACUUUAGAUUAUAGCCAAAAACACAAGAAAACUGAGCACCCAACCACACACACAAUAGAGCCAAAUGAUCCAGUGGUGUAAAUUAUACUAAUUUAUCAUCAAUUUACUGACAUUAACCCCUUGAAUAUAUGACGACAUUGACGUCUGUUACUGCUCUUGUUUAUAUUAUUUCAUCCAUCAAUAUGUACAUGGGAAAAAAUGAUUAUA